UCCAGAGAUGCUGCCUGACCCGCUGAGUUACUCCAGAUUUUUGAGUCUCUCAAAUGUGAUACCUUUUUUUGUUGUUGCAUCGGACUUGCAGUGAUGGGUUAUUUCCAAUAGAGGGUAUCCUGCGAGCUGGCUGCUGAUGUUUACUGAAACCUAUUAAAACACCUCCUCGCAGCAAAUAUUGAUCAGACACGUGAUUUUUAAAAAAAAGUUCAAAGAUUUUUUUUUCUUUGAAGGAAGCGAUUGAAUGUUACAGUGCGAGGGAGGAGUUAGAAGCCAGACAUCAAUCUGAACAAAGGAGUGAGCGCCUGGGGGAUCCCAGGUCGAGUUGCAUUCAUUCAUAGUCAAUGAAGGCAGCCCGUCCAGUCCAUUCAGCGCUGCCUUGAAGUGGGUGACGAAGGCGAUUCCAGCGGCUGCAGGAGACAGCGCUGGCGUUUCCGACUCUGGGGCCAACGGCGUGAAGUAUUAAGAGUCGAUAGAUCGCCGCAAUGACAACGAGGAGAGGAUUCACGCAGCAGGAGAUUAACAAAACAGUGUGGGAUGUGUUGGAGAUAUACACCGAGCUGACUCCCGUGGGCUCGGGAGCCUAUGGUACAGUUUGCUCAGCCCUUGACAAGCGCGCUGGUGCCAAGGUAGCGAUCAAGAAGCUCUACCGACCCUUUCAGUCCGAGCUCUUUGCCAAGCGAGCUUACCGGGAACUCCGCCUGCUGAAACACAUGAAACAUGAGAAUGUUAUUGGGCUGUUGGAUGUUUUCACACCAGAUCUGUCGUUGGAGAAAUUUCAUGAUUUUUAUUUGGUUAUGCCUUUUAUGGGAAUGGACCUCAGCAAACUAAUGAAGCAUGAGAAACUGACUGAAGAUCGGAUCCAAUUUCUGGUGUAUCAAGUCCUAAAAGGCCUAAAGUACAUCCACUCGGCAGGGAUCAUCCACAGGGAUCUUAAACCCGGGAAUUUGGCAAUCAAUGAGGACUGCGAGUUAAAGAUUCUGGACUUUGGUUUGGCAAGACAUGCUGAUCAGGAAAUGACUGGCUAUGUGGUAACCAGGUGGUACCGUGCCCCGGAGGUGAUACUUAACUGGAUGCAUUAUACUCAAACAGUGGAUAUCUGGUCUGUUGGCUGUAUCAUGGCAGAGAUGAUUACAACACGCCCUCUUUUUAAAGGCAUCGAUCAUUUAGAUCAAUUAACAGAAAUCAUGAAAGUAACAGGGACACCAACCCAAGACUUUGUUCAGAAGCUGCAAAGUCAAGAUGCUAAAAAUUACAUCAAAAGUUUGCAACGGGUCCCAAAGAAAGACUUCAAAGCUCUGUUUGGAAAUGUUAAUCAAGUGGCAGUCAACCUUUUAGAAAAGAUGCUUGUGCUCGAUGCCGAGAAACGGGUAACUGCAGCGGAGGCCCUGGCUCACCCGUACUUUGAGCAGUAUCGAGAUCCUGAGGAAGAGACUGUGGCAAAAGUGUACGACAAUAGUUUUGACAACGUAGAACUCACCAUUGAAGAAUGGAAAUGUCAUACAUAUGAAGAAGUGGUUAACUUUAAGACUUCAACAGCAGUACCAGAGUCUAAAGAAACUUCAGUGUAGCUCUGGCUUCAUAACUACACAACAAACCAGGCAAAGUAUAUAUUUGUGCAGCAAGGAGCUGUGAAAACAUUCAUUAUUUUAGAUGUGUUUUCUUUUUAGCCUUUGGAAAUAUAUGUACAGUACUGUAUUACUAUGCCUAUGGCCUCCAGUCCAAAUACAGAGUGAUUUGUUUCUUUCAAGGUCAAACUAACACUGUACCAAUGUUCUUUGAAAGGUGCUUUCAGAGUUAGAACAGUCGUAAACAUUCUACUGCCUGGCAUUGUACAAUUCCAGACAAGAUCUUCUCCUGUUAGAUAAAGUUAAUUUAGAAAAAAACACAGCAAAGGGAAUCGUGUCCUUACACCAAACAAUCCCCCCAAAAAAUCAGUCUGAUGACGGGUCUCAACCCAAAACGUCACCUUAUUUUUCUCCAGGGAUGUUGCCUGACCCGCUGAGUUACUCCACCAUUUUGUGUUUAUUUUCCACUAACCUUAACAGCUUUGAAUUUCACCCUCAUUAUUUGCAACGUCAGAUUCAUUGGAAAUAUGAAAAGUCAGAACCAAAUAUUCUCAUCCUGUUUUAACGAUGGAUUUUCCGUAGCACAUUUUCAGCCUAGUUUUCCAGGCCUCGUGUACUAAAUAAUGUCGUUAAUCGCACAUUUGUCCAAUGAUGUGUUUGUGAAGGGCAUUGACAUGUUCCCCUAUGUUGAAGGUGCUUUAGUUACCAACAUAAUGCAAACUGUACCACCUGCAUUAUAUCUGUCUCCUGACGACACUAAUUUCAUGUUAUAUCACAUCUUUUAUCAGGAUUCUGCAGGUAUUCUUGGUAAGGUAAUAUAAACCUAAUAUUUGAUUAAUUAUUUGAAUUAUAACAUUAAAAUGUUAUUGAAAAUUGAUCUAAUCAGAAUUCCACCGUUACAAAACACUGAAACGCUUACUCGAAGUAAUUAUCCGAGUUUAAAUAGUGAAAUCCCUGUGUAGAAUACAAAGAUGAACUGACUUGAGGAAUUUGAUGAUGAUCCCAUGUGGGACUGCCCAGACUAUCCACAUUUCCUUUUCUUCAUUUUCAAUUUUUCUAGAUAAAAACGGGCACUCAAUUCCAUUUACUUAACUGACAUUGAGGUCACAGUGUAAAUGACUGUCAAAACUCAUUGUAUAAUGUUCAAUAGACAAAUGUCCCCAUUGACUUUCUAAGAGUUUUGCAUAAAAGUUCUUUGAAGUCAGCUGGAAGAGGAACAGUACUUUCUAUCGUGCAUCUGACCCUCGUGUUUACAAGACAAGCAACUGGGCAACAGGUCAGAAUGCAGAAUUGUUCAUGAACUGUCUCCAUUCUGAACAUAAAGGUGCUCAUUGGAAUAUUUAAUUCAAUGUCCAAGUAUUUGCAAGAAGUGUAAUAAAGAGGUUGGAUUAAAAUUUGGACAAAAAGAAUGAAACUAUUCAUUUUUAAACCUUUGAAGUUAAGUUCCAAAGGAAUUCAAACCGUUUUAACAUUAACUUCCAGCCAGAGUGGUUGUUUGGCAAUAAUUAAGACUAUUCAAACCAUUGGUUUACUCGUAUUAGACUGAAUAAGUUUGAAUGUUUAGAACAUCGCACAGAAACAGGCCCUUCAAUCAUCAAUAUCUGCGCUGAAAUGAUACCAAGUUCAACUAAUCUCAUCUGCAUGUCCCACAAUUCUCGACAUAUCCAUCUGCCUAUCUAAAAGCCUAUUAAUGCCAGUAUUGUAUCUGCCUUCACCAUCACCCAUUGGUAGCUCAUUCCAAGCAUCCACCACCCAAUAUGUAAAAAUAAAUUUCCAGCUUUCACCGUAAAGCUAUGUCCUCUAGUCUUUGACAUUUUCACCCUGGGGGAAAAAGAUUUCCUCUCCGCUCCUCGAACUGGCAGCACGUCACAGUCACGAUUGCUCUUUGGGUAAUCUGGUGGCAGUGGGGGAAGUGCAAAGGGAGCCUGGCGCCAUUACCAGGCGAUCGAGGCAUACAUUGCCAGGGCAACACAAGUGCAGUGGCAUGCACUGUGCCUGCAUCCAACACUUCGUUUUGUAGCAGCUGCUGCAAACCCGUGCCCAAUGCAACGUUCUUCAAGUGUUUUAUUGCUCGCUCUCUCCUCGCCAGCACCUUUCCACGGCCCAAUGCUGCGCUGCACACCAACCGUCACCACGAAUGGACACCUCAUUCCACUAUAAGCAAAAUCCGUUAUAUAGAGGGUUUACUGUAUAUUCCAAGUAUAGCAUAACCAGUCAUAUAGAGCUGCAUCAACUCUGCAUAAGGUCUAGUCAGUAUACAGUAUGUGAUAUGCAGAGCUUGGGAAAGCAGAUGUAUAACUUAUUUUCUCCAACUGGAAGUUAAUACUAUAAUGAUAGGGUAACCUAUAAUGAACAGGCAUUGGGAAGCAGGUGUGUGCUUGGUUGUGAAAUGCUGCAGUUUUAGCCAAUUUAUCCUACCCUCGCUCCUGAGCACAUUUGAGGAACCAAACCCUUGAUUCUGCCAACCUAUUCUAUUUAUAUCCAUCCUCUAAAAACCUCCUAGAUCCCAAAGUCUGAAGAAGGGUCUUGACCUGAAACGUCACCCAUUCCUUCACUCCAGAGAUGCUGCCUGUCCCGCUGAGUUACUCCAGCAUUUUGUGUAUAUCCCAAAGUGAUUUACAGGCCAUGAAGUACUGUGUGAAGUGAAGCCACUGUUGGAACAUAUAAAAUACAGCAGCCAAUCAGCACAAAAUGAACUCCCUCAACCAGCAAUGUGAUAAUGGCCAGAGAAUUGCUGGCUGAGGGAUAAAUAUUGAUCAGUCCUUACAUGAUGGCUCCAUCUGAUUCAACAAAUUCAGUUUAACACCUCAUUUAAAAAAUGUCAAGCAUGUCAGUGCACUGCUCCUUCAGUUAAGAGUUCUUGUGCUUAUGUUUCCUGGAGAGCAGACCUGAACAGAUCCCGACUAUGGGCGCUGUCUGUAUGGAGUUUGUACGUUCUCCCCUUGACCUGCAUGGGUUUUCUCCGAGAUCUUCGGUUUCCUCCCACAUUCCAAAUAUGUACAGGUUUGUAGGUUAACUGGCUUGAUUAAUUGGCUUGAUAAAUGUAAAAAUCGUCCAGUAUAAAAUUGUCCAACUUCCAGUAUAGUUCCUGGUGGGUACACAAAAAUGCUGGAGAAACUCAGCGGGUGCAGCAGCAUCUAUGGAGCGAAGGAAAUAGGCAACGUUUCGGGCCAAAACCCUUCUUCAGACUGAUGGGGGGUGGCGGGGAGAAGAAAGGAAAAAGGAGGAGGAGGAGGAGGAGCCCGAGGGCUGAGGGAUGGGAGGAGACAGCCCAAGGGCUGAGGAAGGGGAGGAGACAGCAAGGGCUAACAAAAUUGGGAGAAUUCAAUGUUCAUGCCCGCAGGAUGCAGACUCCCCAAGCGGAAUAUGAGGUGCUGUUCCUCCCAUUUCCGGUGUUGCUCGCUCUGGCCAUGGAGGAGACCCAGGACAGAGAGGUCGGAUGGGGAAUGGGAGGGGGAGUUGAAGUACUGAGCCACCGGGAGGUCAGGUAGGUUCUUGCGGACCGAGCGGAGGUGUUCGGCGAAACGAUCGCCCAGCCUCAGCUUAGUCUCACCGAGUUCCUGGUGGACUGUUCGGAAGGUACAAGGUACAACACUGAACCUUUUAACUCAGUGCCAAUUGUGCUAAUUCUGAGUGUCAUCUGGAACUAUGAAUUUGCAAAAUGAUUUCAUCAACUACGUUUAUGCCACACAGCGCACACACUUCUUAAAUAUUAGUGGUUAUGAUGUGAUAAGGUUUAAAGUACUGAACAACCAAGGAGAGUAGUUCAGAGUAAAAUAUUUUUUGAUAGCUUGUAUCAGAGCAAGUAACAUGAAUUCAAUCCAUGGUCUUGAAAAGUAAUCUCAUUGCAGCCACACUGUUCAAUUCAACUCCUUAUAUACUUUGGAAACAGCAAGAAACUUAAAAGUUGAUUAAAAGAUUAAUUAAACAACAUUUUGAUAUGAAUAACUGUUCAAUCAUGAUCUAAUCGUCUCAGGAGCUAUUGAAGUUUUGGAUAACUUGCAAUCCAUACAAUCAUGAAUAAUAUGUUUGCAGAUGACACUAAAAAAAGAACGUAUCAUAGACAAUGAAGAUGGUUGUCAAGAAUUACAGAGGAAUGGUGAAUGGAGUUUAAUUCAGAACUGUUGCAUUUUAGAAAGCUAAACCAGAGCAGGACCAUCACCAUGAAUGGUGGGGCCCGGGGGAGUGUUGUAGAGUGGAGGGAUCUAGGAGUAUAUGUGCAUUAGCACUUUCUGGGAAACUUGCAAAGAGGUAAGGUGAAGAAGGCUUUUGCCACACUUGCCCUCAUCAGUUAGGGACUUGAGUUAAGAAGUUGAGACAUUAAGUCACAAUUGUACAAGAUAUUGAUGAGGCUGCACUUGGGGUAUUGUGUUCAGUUUUGUCAUUCUCUAGUAGGAAAGAUGCCACAAAGCGGGAAAGAGUGCAGAGAAAUGGUAUGAAGAUGGUGUCGGAGCUUGAGAGCCUCAGCAAUAGGGAGAGUUUGGGCAGGCAAGAACUUGGAGCAAAGGAGGCUGAGGGGUGAUCUUAUAGAGAUGUAUAAAGUCAUUAGAAGAAUAGAUAGGGUGACAGCACAAAAUCUUUUUCUCAAGUUAAGGGAAUCACAAAUUAUAAAACAUAGGUUCACGAUGAAAGGGAGAAGAUUUAAUAGGAACCAGAAGGACAAUACGGAAAUAGGCCCUUCAGCCUAACUGGUCCAUAACAAUCAAACUGCCCUAUUUAAGCUAGUCCUAUUUGCCUUUCUUUGGCCCAUAUCCCUAAAAUCUUUCCUAUCCAUGUACUAGUCCAAAUGUAUAUUAAAUGUUGUUCUACCUGCCUCAUCUACCUCCUCUAGCAGCUCAUAUACCCACCACCCUUCCUGUGAAAAAGUUGCCCCUCAGGUUCAUCUCUGCAGCCUUCUCUGCAUCGUUCCAAUUAAUGGCAUCUUCCCAAUAGCAGGCUGACCAAACACGGAACACAGUACUCCAAGUCCAGCCUCGCCAGCAUUGUACAACUCUAAAAUAACAUCAACACUUCUAUACUCAGUACACUGACUGAUCUAACUAUGUCUGAAAAAGGGUCUCGACCCGAAACGUCACCCGAUCCUUCGCUCCAUAGAUGCUGCCUCACCCGCUGAGUUUCUCCAUCGUUUUGUCCACUAACUAUGUGGAACACUACUUUCAAGGAACUGUGCAUUUGUACACCAAGAUCCCUCUGCUUUACAACACUCCCCAAGGCCCUACUAUUUUCCGUCGGGGUCUUGCCUGAUUCAACUUCUCAAAAUGUAAUACCUCAUACCUAUCACUUAUAUUUUAAUACGUGGGAAAUGCUUCACUUCUGAAUAUAGCAAUCGGCGGGUAUGAUUUAAUUAUUUAUUUCAGAUUCAAACAAUUUUACAGCUAAAUGACCGAGUCAUUUUUACUUUGAAAAAAUAAUAUUUUAAGAAACCUUUACAAUAUGUCUUCUUAUUUGUCCUGUAGCUGUGAAAUUAAUUAUUGCAAUAAUGGGUGAUGAUGUAACCAAGGCUACCUUAAUUCAAAUCAGACAAAAACUGAUCAAAGAAGAAUUUUACCAAAUUAGAUUUCAUUGCAGGACACGGAUAUUGAAUGGAGAUUACAUUAACAACCUUGAUUUCUAAGUGUUUUAGAACUCUGUCACUAGGGACUAUUUGGUUUCUUAAAAUCUGUACAUUAGGAUACAUGAAUUAGCUGACUUAUGGUAUCAUAUGGCUAAGUUACAGCUUCAUGCAAGUAGAUACCUACAUCAAUGCCAAGUGUUAGAAACUCCACGGACAAAUUUCAUCAUAUAAUUAGGGAGGCUUACAUUUAAUUAGGGAGGUAUUGCCACUGGUUUCUGUUUUUGUGCUGUUCAGUUCCUACAAUAAAUAAUGCUGAAGUGCACUUUCAAAAAGUGCAGCUUUAAGGGAAUUUUGUAGUAAUAUUUUUAGAAUGUGACUUGUUAUUAAACAUUGCAACUUUGUUUAGUUAAAUGA